ACAUAAAAUAGGUAAUAAGCUAAUAAAAUCUAAUUAUACACAGGACGAAUUAAUUUCGAGACGAAGGUUUUUAGAAUGGCCCACAUGCAUUUAUUCUCACGUCAACCAAUCGAUCAAGAUAAUCAAAGUUCAUUAAAUAUCAUGAUUUAUUUAAAUGGAUAACUUUUUUUCUCCUAAAAAGUGAUAAAUCAGACUAGAGCUCCCCAUGUGUUUGACUCCUGUAACAACAACGACUCGGGGCGUGCGCACACCAAGCCUCGCUGUAGGACGGGAUGGAAGCGAGAUGAGAAUACUAAGCAGGUACCUCAUGGCUCAGUGUCAGCACGGGAUGAGUUGAGAUUUGCGCACCCAUCAAACUUGGCUUGGGACCUCAGCAUGUGAGCGCACUUUUGCAGAAGGAGGAUCCGCCCAGGAUGUCAGCUCUGAAGAAGGUGUUACCAGGCAUACUGCAGAAACAUUGCUGUAUCUUACCUGACAAGAACACAGACCAGCAGUAUUCAUGGUCACCCUCGCAGUACUUCGAUGAGGAAACUUACUCCCCUGCACCCAGGAACAUGAAGGGUCUCUCUGGUGGCCGUCCUGCCCAUCUCCAGUUAACAUCACCCACCUCACCUUACACCUGUGGCUUGGCCGAUUGUGACCACUCCCUGGAUCACCAUCUUCACCAUGGUGACCCUCGGUCACCCACCUACCUCCUCAGCCCCACUGACAGCUGCGCCCUUGAGAGUCAUCACCGCUGCUCCCCACGGAGUUCCAUCCACUCUGAGUGCAUGAUGAUGCCAGUGUCACUGUCAGCCACCGACCACUCUAUAUCCAGUAGCACUUUCCCUCGUAUGCAUUAUGGCAGCGCUUCGAGAGAUGGAGGUGGAAACAGUUCUGGCGGUAGAGAUUCUCGGGACGACGGUGGCUCCUCCUCCCAUGGUGGCAGUGGCAAAAUGAACCGGAUCCCUGCAAAUCUUUUGGAUCAGUUCGAAAAGCAGAUGCCACUGCACCGAGACGGCUUCCAUACAUUGCAGUACCAACGCACCUCCACCACAACUACAACCACAGAGCACCGCAAUGAAAGCCCCGGCCGAAUUCGCCACUUAGUUCACUCAGUACAGAAACUCUUCACAAAGUCGCACUCCCUGGAAGGAUCCUCCAAGAUGAAUGGUACCAAAAAUGACUCUCACAGGGAUGGAUCACAUCACCACCAUCACCACCACCAAGGCCACCACAAACACAGCAAACGCAGCAAGAGCAAAGACCGUAAAUCUGAUGGCGGAGGAAAGCAGCGCCAUGGUGGAUGGUGGAGCUCGGAUGACAAUCUUGAUAGUGACAGCACGUACAGGACACCGAGCAUCAUGUCGCGGCAUCCUGUCGACCACAUCACCCACUGUUACCCAGACUCAAUGCACAGCCACCUGGCUGGGGACCUGUCAUUAAAGACCUCCAAGAGCAACAACGACGUCAAGUGCUCUGCCUGUGAGAGCAUUAACAUGGCACCUGAGGGCAAGUUCAUGAAAAGGAGCUCCUGGUCAACAUUAACCGUCAGCCAAGCCAAGGAAGCCUACAGGAAGUCUUCACUCAACCUGGAGAAACCCAUGACUCCCGCUGACCUCAAACCAAGCUUGAGACCAUGUCACUAUCUACAGGUACCCCAGGAUGAAUGGGCAGGUUAUCCUGGUGGUGGAAAGGAUGAUGAGAUCCCUUGUCGUCGAAUGCGAAGUAGCAGCUAUGUCAAAGCCAUGGGGGAUGAGGAGAGUGGGGAGUCAGACUCCAGCCCAAAGACAUCGCCUCAGAAGUCGGUGCGACCAGAUGCCCUGAUCAAGGCCAUCAUCAGACCCAAGGACUUGCUGGACUCUCAAAGUUCUUACCGCCUGGAUAAAAUCAACAGUGACAUGCAUAACUACAUCACCAAUUUUGCUGCAGACUUAAGUCAGAACUACCACUUGCAGGCUACCAGGGAAAUACACCCUAGCCUUGCCUUGGAUCCCUCCAUCAACUACAACUCGCCCAAGUUUCGUUCCCGGAACCAGAGCUAUAUGCGGGCUGUCAGCACGCUUAGUCAGGCUAGCUGUGUCAGUCAAGUGAGCCAGGUUAGUGAAACUGAAGUAAAUGGUCAGUUCGAAUCUGUGUGUGAGUCGGUGUUCAGUGAGGUAGAAUCCCAAGCCAUGGAGGCACUGGACCUCCCUGGAUGCUUCAGAACCAGGAGCCACAGUUACCUACGAGCCAUCCAGGCUGGAUACUCCCAAGAUGAUGACUGCAUCCCCCCCAUGGCGUCCACUCUUACCUCCACUAUCAGGUCAACCACAGCCAUCACCUACACACCGAGCUACAAGAAGAGCCCCCCUCCAGUACCGCCCCGCACCACCUCUAAACCACUCAUCUCCAUCACAGCCCAGAGCAGCACUGAAUCCACCCAGGACGCCUACCACGAGGGGCGGCACCCUCAUGGCGGCCUGUGGGGCCCUGAUGGCCUCGCUCUAGGGCUGACGCCAGGAAGGGCCCUCUAUAACUCCACCGACAGCCUGGACAGCACCAAGGCCGUGACAAUAGCCAUGGAGGCAGCUGGAAUCAUGGCAGGGAAAAGGCAUCCAUCCACAGACUCUCACAGCUCAGUGCUCACCUGUGACAAGGCAAUCCUGGUGUCCAAGGCUGAGGAGUACUUGAAAACCCCACGGUCCUCUAUAGGGAUACAGGUGGAAGCAGCCACGGACUCGGAGUCUGAAAGCAAAGGCUCACGGGAGUACCACUCUGUCGGGAUCCAGGUGGAGGAUGACAAAAAAGGACAGGGAAGGUUCAAACGCUCCAACAGUGUGACGGCAGCUGUUCAAGCUGACCUGGAGUUGGAGGGCUUUCCCAUUAUGGAAGACAAAGGUCUGCAGUUUGGUGGGGGCUUUCAGCGUCAUUCAGAGCCCAGUACUCCUACGCAAUAUGGAGCGGUGCGCACUGUCCGUACGCAAGGCCUCUUUAGCUACCGUGACGAUUACCGCACCACCGCUGAACCGUCUAGUCCACGCAAGACCACCAGCGAGACAAGCUGGCAGCUAGAGCCUCCGUCCCCACGGGAGAGUGCAGCUUCGGCAGGUGAGUCGGGAAGGGUGUCUCCGUGCCUCCGGAGAGAUGGAAGCUGGUUCAUGCAGCUGCUCCACACGGAAACCAAGAGGAUGGAAGCCUGGUGUAAAGAGAUGGAGGCAGAAGCUGAGGAGAAUGACCUCUCAGAGGAACGUAAGCAUUCCAUGCUUUACAUGUCAAGCAUGAACCAAGGGUCCUCAGUGGAUUGUAAUUGUAAUGAAAACAUAUCACACUGUGUCUCUUCUUCAGUUUUAGGUAAAAUUCGAAGUGCAGUGGGAAGUGCUCAGCUGCUCAUGUCUCAGAAAUUCCAACAAUUUUACUGGCUAUGUCAGCAAAAUCUGGACCCUAGCGCCAUGCCGCGACCCACCUCUCAGGACCUGGCUGGGUUCUGGGACCUGCUUCAGCUCUCCGUUGACGACGUCAACAUGAAGUUUGACCAGCUGCAGCAGAUAAAGAACAACAACUGGCGACCAAUUGACAGCCCAGAAAAGAAGCCACCAGCUCCCGUACCAAAGAAGACAGUAAGACAGAAGAGUGCAGUGACCAGGGAGAAAUCUCUGGACCUCCCUGACAGGCACCGGCAGGAGGCACGCCGGAGGCUCAUGGCAGCCAAACGUGCAGCCUCUUUCCGGCAGAACUCAGCCUCAGAGAGAGCGGACAGCAUUGAGAUCUAUAUUCCAGAGGCUCAGACUAGACUUUGAGAAAACGUUGGAUCAGGGAUCUGUACCUUUCCCUGCUCCUGUGCUCCAGCAACUCUAAAACUAGCCUUUUUUUCUAGACUGCUUCUCUUUCAACUCCUCCUUUAUCCAUCUCUGGUCUGAUAGCCAUCCUCAGUGCCCAUCACCAACAUCACUGGACUGUAGGAUGUGCCGAGGCUCGACUUCCAUUGCCAAAAACGUACAUCUGACAUGGGUUGGUUAGAUCUUUGUGUUGGUUUGUUGGUGAUCAAGAUCUAUUAUCUCUCUCAUGUCUUGGAUGGACACAUCUGUAGUUGUUCAGCAUUUGCAAAGUGCCAUUUUAAGAGGAAGAAAAGUGCAGCUUUGAAAACCUUACCAGCAACCACACCUUGGAGCUAAACAUCAAUGUGUUUAUUUGGAGUUCUAUGAAAUUGGUCAAAGUUUAUAACUGUUCACUAUUUUUUAGUCUCUACAGAUUACCUUUGCUUCUGCAGUCUUUAAAGGAUUGAAUCAACGGCUAAAUAUCACCAAUUUGUUGAGUUUGAAAAAGGGCCAAUGCUUGAAAUACCUCAACUAUGUGCACAUGGUACAGGUUACCUAUUCAAGGUGCUUCAGGCAAUUCCUACUAUGCGUUUGAUUGGUUAGAUGUGAAAAAUGCAGCGUUUUACCAUGUUUAGUCAUGAUAAAAUAUCUAGGUGUGCAUCUUAAUAAAUCUAAAUAUAAUUGAAAAGUUUAUUUAUUUCAGUAAUUCAAAUCAAAAAGUGAAACUCACAAACCGAUUAUUUCACACUUAAUUGGUAAUUAUGGCUUGUACUAAUGAAACCCAAAAAUCAGUUGAACAGAUUUUGAAUAUUAUGUAAGAGAAAUUUUUAAAAAUUAUUUAAUUAUAGUGAAUUGUUUGACUGUACCUUUUUCAGUCACGGUUUUCCUUCCACUCAACUUUCCAUUCAUGUUAUUCUGAUGAAUGGAAGAUUGGUAAAAAAAAAAAAAAAAAGACUUUUUGUGGCUUACCCUCCUUGUGGAGUUUGUAUUUAAUCUAUGUUACAUACCUUUUCCCUUUUUGAUGUGAAUGUCUUGAAAAAAUGUCUCAUUUAAUCAUAUUUUACUUUAUUCAGAUGCACCCAGGUUCAGUGACCUGAUGUAGAAAUAACAUCUACUUGCUGUUUAAUGUGCACCUUUCACAGCGGUUUUCUAAAUAUCCAAUGUUCAUGUUGCCAUCUUUCAGACAUUUACUUGAAGCUGUAAACCUGCAAGUCUUGUGCCAACAUUUCAUCAUGUCAAUGCAGUAGAGAAGAAACAAAAAAAAACUAUGAAAGUUUAUGUAACUCCUUAGAUUAAAAUGUGUAGACAAAUGCACUUAUGCACUUAAUAUAAUUCUCAAUAUUUUCAAGGGAAAUGUACAUAACCAAGUUCAUAAUAGUACUGUUGUAUUUUUUUAAUUGUGAGUGGGAAUGUUAUGCUGUUUUAUCCCCCUCCUUAUGUUUGCUUUUGAAAUAUCUGGAUGAUCAGAGGCACAUAGAAUUUUGCUGCUCAGUUUUCAUCAUUUCCCAAACACUUUCAAGUUGCGCCUUCAGUCCACAGCUAAUGAGGACUGAUAAGAAGUAACCAUCAAAACAUAAACAAAAUGUCAAUAUUUCUUUAAACUAUGAACUGCUUCUUGAUUUUCAAAUAUACUGAAAAUUAUCAUAACGAAGUCCCUCUAAUGAAGAGAUCAGAAUUAACAAGCUGAAACUGGGGCAAAGGAUUUCCCAGGGGAUGCAAAUAUUAAGUUUCAAAUAGUAGAAACUUCACAAGUAUAUUCCUAAAAACUUGUGUAAAAUGGGAUAUGAUGAGGAUAAUGUUUGAAAUAACUUGAAACAAUGCUCAAACAAGCUGUUUCUCCUCCCCACUAUGACAGAAAAUAACUAUUUGAGGGAGAAAUCAUUCCAAAUCAACACAAAUCUAGUCAGAAAGAAUAUUGUAUUCUACAACUUUUGCUCGAUUGGGGUAUUUUCUUGCAAGAUGUCUCCAUUUUUGUUUGUUUUGUCAUGGUGAGUCUCAGUAUGUUACAUAUGUUACAGUAUGGUCAAAUUGGCAGUGCAGAUUUUGCUUUGUGUGUAUGUUAGUUAAAAAGGUCUAUGUUUUGAACAACUGAUGAUAAGAUAAAUAACAACCAAUUUUUAGAUAUUUCUGGUGGGUAAACCUCUUUUAAUCCUAUUAAUAGUUUCAUGUUUUGUUUUAUUUAAACUUAUGUAAAUCAUUGAGAUGGCCUGAUGUGAUCUCUGCUGAUCUAUUAUGAUCAUAAUACAUUCCACUCUUCUAAUAUUUUGCAAUGAGAGUUAGUCUUGUACAUUAGUAUUUGAAGUUUAUGGACAAGAAUUGAAUAUAAGUUAAAAUUGAUUUCUGUAAUGGAUAUUUUCUCAAUAACUGUUGCAAAAAUUCAAACAUUAAGCGUAAUUGUAUAGGGUAGAAUAAAUGUAGCAUUUGAAUGCAUUUCUUCCACUCUAAAUUGAGCUGAGAAAAAGUAUUGUCAACAUGAACGAUAAAUACUAGUUUGAAAUAAGGCAACAGAAAUAAAUUGAAACCAAAAUAAAACUAUUACUUAAAGAUUCCUAGAUUAGACUUUUUCUCCCUCUGGAAACAAAAACUAAGUUUUUCUACACAUAAUAUAUGUGUAAACAUUAAAAAAUAUAAUCUAAAACAGAGUAAAGACCAUUGAUACAACUUAACAUUUUGUGUGCCAUAUAUAUAAAACUUAUGAUUCUUGAUACUUAUAUCAAGUAUAAGUAUCAAGUAUAUAUAUAUAUAUAUAUAUAUAUAUAUAUAUAUAUAUAUAUAUAAUUACAUUUUUGACAGAGCCACACACACUACUAAUAUUAUGUUUACUGCUUAUAGAAGAUUUUGUUCUGCAGCUUGACUAAUAAAUGUUAAGUCAUAAUUUCACAGGUUGGUAAGAUUAACGUUUGACAUAGGGUCAGGUGAUUUGGUUAGCAUUUGCCUAAUCUCAGCAAAAUAAUCCCUUGAAACUUUUUUUUCUCUUAACUCAGGUUACAUUUAUAUAUUAAUAUUUUAUGUUUAAUAAUGUGAAGCAUCUAUAUGUGGCAAAGAAAGCAAAGACCGAAAAAAAAUAAAUUUGCCAUAAUCGAUGGAAUCAUAAGUUAUGUUCUCUACCAAAAUGGUAGACUUGACAAAUUUUGGACUGCAUGCCUGACAUUACAGCUGUGGUAUAGCCUUAAAUGGGUACAUUCUCAAAAAUCUGUAAUGUGGCAAAGAAGUCUCCAAAGAAGAGUGGACUCAGGUUCCUCUACAGUGAUGUAAAAGAUUGUUUUCCAGUUACUGCAGAGUAUUAAUGUCAGUUGUGGCCAGUUUAACUACUUUUUCACAUGGAGCCAGGUUGGUUUGGAGUAUGUCUUACUAAUUGAAGUCAUCUUUUGAAAGAAUCUUUUUGUCUGUAGUCUGGUUAUCUUUGAAACUGAAGUUUGCUUGAUAAUCUGAAAUAUUUGUGUGACACAAAGUCUGAUGCAGAGGAAAUCUGUAAGAGUGAUAAGUAUGAGAGUGAGUUCAUACAUAGUUCUGCCGUUUAUGCCACAAUUUAAGGAACCUUUAACAGUAUAACACUGGAUUUCCAAUUAUUGCCUGUGUGUUGGAUGCCAGACCGUUGGCAGAGCUGACUCAUUCUCUGCUGUUGCCAGAGUGGCAGGCAGCAAGACGUAGAAAGACAGACUCGGCCUGACAUAUGCUGGCUUAAAGGAGACCGGCGCUCUUGCACUGAGCCCUGAACUGCUGGUGUUGUACGCUGUGUGUAGCUUCAAGGCUGUUCAGUGAGAAUGGCAAGGCUCUGCACUGGGUAAUUUUCUGCCUGACUUUGACUAAGCAAAGCAGCUUAUGUAAGAUUUUUGGUCCUUGGUGAGAUCAAGCAAAUACCCUCCAAGGCCUUUCAGAGCUUGUGUUGAUAAAUGUGUUGCUGAAUAGCAGCCCACACUGUAAAACUUUAAGCAUCAGCACUACAUGCAUUGGCCUUUGUGAGUUUCUCCCAGGCUGACUUUGUUGAAGGCUGUCAAUGAAGUGACUGUGAACUAUCUCAAUUAUGCAAAACGAGCAGAACUAAGUAGAAGUCUUGCAUAUCCAUUACGUUGGUUCAGUUUAAAAUAUGGCUUCCUGCUCCUCCAAGUAGCACUAAUUUCAACAAGACCAUUUGUCUAGUAAUGUCCAUGAAUGAAUAGCACUAAGUAGCAAUGCAAGAUCAGUGCCAGAACUCACAAGGAAAUAAAAAGGGAUCAAACAGAUUUGAGCAAUAGAAGUAGGCCUGCUUCACCAUAUCCAUAUAAAAAAAUAUGUACAAUCAUGUUAAGAAAUUCGAGCACCCUAUAAAAUAUUACAUUCUUCUUGAAAAAAUGUUGAAAUAUCAAUGUUUAAUUUUGUUUUAAUAUAUCUCCUGACAUGGAAAAAGUGGAUGAUUCACAAGCAAAUAUUAAAAAUUGUAAUACUCAUUAAUCAAACAUUAUCAAAAAAUACUUUAAAACAUGCAAACUCUUAAUAACUAGUGUCACCCAGUGGCUAAAAUAACUUCAGUGAAAUGCUUCUUGUCGCAUUUCGUAGUUUUUAGGAGGUCCUCUGUGGAUUUACUGUUAUGUUUUGGGCCAUUGUCAUGUUACAGGGUACAAUUCUGCUUUAUUUUUUUUAUAUAUGAACUCACAAUUUCUUCAGGCAGCCUCUGACACACAGGGAAAUUCAUGGUGAAUUCUAUAGAAGUGAGCUGGCCAGAUCCUGAUGCUGGAAAGCAUCCGCAAAGCAUAACACUCCCAUCUCCAUACUCCAUAGUUGGUGUCCAGGUCCUUUCCUGGACAUAAAUAUUCAGUUUUAGGCUCAUUUAGCCAAAGAACAUUAAUCCAGAAGUUGUAUAUGUUCUCUUUGGCAACACUUUGUCUUAAAAAGCAAAGGUUUCCAUUCUGCACAUCUCCUAUGAAAGGAGAAGUUGCACAGUCUCUUUGUUGUUGUACAGGCAUGUACUUUGAUAUCAACAGUAACACCCUGCUGUAGGUCUGGUGCUGAUAAAUUAAGGGGGGGGGUUAGAAAUUUCUCUUAGUAUCUUGUGUUCUGCUGUCAGGAUGAACUCGCUUACUUGGGCAUGAUGGGAAUUGUUUUGAAAGUUUUCAGCUUACAGAUUAUAUUCCGUACAGUGGAACUGCUGGUUUCAAAUUUUUUUGAGACCUCUAGAAAUCCUUCACCAGACUCAACAGCUGCCACAAUUCUGCAGAUCUUAGACAACUCCAGCAGUCAGGAGCACAUCAAACUAAAAAUCUUUCAUUUAAGAGGAGCAGAUCUUGUUCGAAAUCCAGAAUAGCAGUUUUCUAAUCAUGAUAAUAUGGUAUUAUAUGUGGAAUUUUAUCCACUGAAAAUUGGAGUAAGCAACUUUUUAUUUUAUUUAUGUUUUACAGAAUUCUUUUCAGCUUUAUUUGCGUAUUUAAACAACUUGAGAUAUAUUUUACUGGGUAUUGAUAGCAAAUAUCCUUAUGUCCAAAGAUACUAGCAAACACACAGGCUUUCAGAGGGUACCCUAAUUUUUCUACAUGACCUUUAGAAAAAAUUAUCUUUAAAACUCUAAGUCUUUUCCCAACCCAUGCAUAAAGAUUGCUGCAGCAGCAGAGUAAAGUUUGUCUCUAAGAGUGAAUCAUUUUUCUUCCAUAAAACAUGUUUUUCUUCACCCUUUUCAUUAGUAAUAGACUCUUUCAUGAGGAGUUCCAAGGCCUCCUCCUACAAACGGACUCUGUACUCCUUGAAGCUCCUUUUGAAGGGUUUUCUAUGCUGGAUCUUCUUGGAUGACAUAGAUUCAGAUCUCCAUAACGUGUGCCCUGGACGACCCUUUGAUUAAAAAUGCAGCUGCAGGUUUUGUUUGCUUUUUUAAAAUUAUUUCUUUUAUUCUGCUCAAACUUUACGAAAAUGACGAGGACAAAAAAAUGCCAAGCUAUUAACUGCAAGUGCCAUCCAUGUUGACUUAUUCGGCAUACUGUAAAAUCAUUUCUUGCGUCACUUUUAAUAGGUUUUUAAUAAAUCAAAGAGGGAAACGGCUUCCUGAUUCAAUAUUUAAAGUGUAUGCCUGUAUUUUAGCAUUCUGUGGCCUCACAUCUAAGGGGACUGUCUAUGUUUUAACUCUAGAGCAUAAAAUAUGAAAUUCUUCAAGAGGACUUUUUUUGUAACUACGCUGCUGAGAGAGCAUCAUUGAGACUAAUAAAAUACUUCCUUUAAAUUAGAAUGUGAGAUAACUCUAUGAUUACUAGAUAAAGUAAAAAAGGUAGUUGUUUAGCUAAAACUAUUUUCAUCUCUUGUAUAUCAUAUCUAUUGUAAGAAUGAAUAUAAUGCCAAAUAUUCAAUAUUUGUAAAGAAUAUAUAUAUUAUAUAUAGAUAUAGAUAUAAAUAUAUAAUAUAUGUUUCAUUGGAACACAACUAUUUUCUGCUUUGUUCUUAUUUUCUGUUUUGCUUAUUUUAUAACUUGAUAUGAUGGCAUGCAAAAGACAUAUUUUGAAUGUAUUUAUUUAUUUCGUUCAGGAUUACAGCACUGUCCCAUUGAUGUUUUCUGAUUAUUUAGACGCAUUUCACAUGUGCAUUUCUCAGUGUGGGUGACAUCUGUGCAACAUAUUGCAUUUUUAGCUUUUUACUUUGUAUGAUUUUAGUUAAGCAUAUGCAUCCUCCUUCCUUCUGUCCAAACUGAGCAACUUGAACAUUAUCCCCUCUUCCUGGUUUGGUCGUUGCUUAGGAAUCAUCCAUUGUAAAUAAUAUUGCAAUUAAAUUUUUGUAGAAAAGA